AUCGCUAAACGCAUCUUCAGCGUUUACUUUUGAAACAUAUUUAUCCUUCCAUGGACGUCCUUUAGCAAACGACCGUACACGGUGUCCCCGACAAGCGACAAACAACACUUCUGCGUUGAGAAGUUCGUGCACAGGUUUCCCGUGGUGCGGUACCAAAUCUUAUGUCGGAUUUCAGUAUGGAAAACUGCGGAUCCUCAUCGUGGUGUGCUAACAUGUGGUGAAUGGAACAAAGUUUUGGGCGGGCCCAACAACUGGCACACAUUUUACCUCACACAACACGAAGUCCUCGGUAGGUUUUAAUUUUCCGCCAAGUGGCCCAAAGCGGAAAUUGUUUGUGAACGAGAUGGAUGGAUCCGAUAGCGUAAUGAUGAGCUUCAAGUGUCCACUCUGUGAUAUGCCCAUCGAGUCCCAGGAGAAGCUGAAGCAGCACAUCAAGAUCACCCACAGCCAUUACUACUACGAUACGUAUCUGUUUCCGCCGGAAAUGCUCUUCCCGGGCGCUUCAUCCAGUGCAACGGCACAUGUGGAAGGCGUUAUAAGCAACGAGCCGCUAUCCACACCGGAUGUGACAAUCGAACCAGUCGAAGAAGAGUGCUGCACUUGCUGUGCGUUCGAAGAGUCCGGUCCGGGUGGUGACUGUGGGUUCUGUGACUGCGCGGACGAUGGUCAGGGCGAGUGUGACGACUGUUUGGUGAUGUAAAGUCGGCGUCCGUUAUACAUCCGUUUACUUUCAUUUACCAUGCCACAAGCACCAUCU